CAGGAAGCGUUCUGCAGUUCCCAUGACAACUUAGUGGAAAAGCCUGACAGGUAUUAAUUAAACAUCAAUAAAAGAUUGAGAUACAGUACAUCAACCAUGGGAGACAGUGAACCACCCGUUAUCCGCCCGCCGGAGACAAUCACCAUAACAGUAUUGAGAGCAAGAAAUUUGAAAGGAUCUAGUGCCAAGGCGGAUGCAGUUAAUGCUACUGUCAAGGUUGAGUUUGGGGAGAAGAGCCUGGGAGAAUCACCAAAGGUUGAUUGUAUGGCAGAUACCCCGGCAGAGUUCAACUACAAUGCCACCAUGAGCUGCACAUAUGAUGAUCCGACAGCCCUGGAUGAGAUAGCUCACAAACCUGUUGUCUUGACAGUGAUUGAAGUUCUGCCAAAAGAGAAGAAACAGAAAGAAGAGAAGACAAUUUCUCUUGGUCAGUGUACAGUGGAUAUGUUGCCUCUCGUGAAAGGUGAAACGAAGGUGAAGUACACACUGACAAUAAACCCUGUGCCCGGCUCUCCCCUGGAGUCCAUUCCCGCUGAUGCUCCGAGGCCGGAGAUUGAUGUGGUGUUGUCAGUAAAUGAGCCGCUUGUAGAUGAGAGCCAGGCAAACCAGAGUAACCUGGUCACAAUCACUCUAGAGAGCCUAUAUUCCCCUCCGGAGGCCUGGACUGUCACGGGCACACAGUAUGCCUAUGCUGCAGCCCUCCCUCUACCCGUGACCUCUGAGAAGGAGGUCCCCAUUGUGUUUGCAAAUGGUGGGCUAAAGCCUGGAGUUGACAAGGAGCCCCCAAACAAACAGAAGAAAUGGGCCAUCCCAGCCACAGCCCAGGGAAAUGCUGUUUUCAUACCAGACCAUUUUAUCGCAAAUGACACCAUCGAUGAUGAGGAUGGGGAUUUCCGCGGUAAGGAAGAGCGUGAACACCGCACCAUUGCAGAACAGGAGAAGAACCGGGUCACAUGGAACACGGAGAGACGCUCUUACCUUGAGGGCAGCGCCAUUAAGAGCCUGCAAGACAAGAUAGCGAAGUGCCGCUACUGGCCGGUGGAGGUGAUGAGGCUGCCCCAGCCUGCCAGUGGCAAGGGGAAAAAGAACAAGGGUGAUGAUCAUGCUGAUACAAAGAAAGGCGUGGAUGACGAUGGUUCUGUAAGUUUCCAUGGUGUGGCCUACGUUAACCUGGCCCCCUUGCUCUACCCAGGAGUUAAAAGAAUCCGAGGAGCAUACAAAAUCAACUCUUACACUGAUCAGGCUUUGUUUGAGAAGACAAAGAGGCGCGGAGUUGGUGAGGAGGCUGCGAGAAUUGCAAACAAUAUUCUGAACCGGAGUACCGCGUCCCCGGGGCCGAAAAAAGGAGGCAAGGAUAAAGAUGACAAAAAAGACAAGGAUGUCAAGAAAGGGAGUCAUUCGAGACAAGAUGAAACGAGGAGAUCCAAUAGUGUAGCACUUCCACAUGAUGUUGAGGACCAUGAGCCUCAUGGCAAGGACCAUCAUGAUCAUAAGAAGACGUCGCAGACGGUGAAAUCUGACGCAGGCUCAGAGCCGGAGACUGCAGCCCCUGUGAACCUGGAGGGUCAGCAAUAUGUUGAUUCAAAGGCAUAUGUGAUGAUUGAGAUCUCCCUGUCCCAGCCCCUCAUCCACAAGAGACCCCCGGAGGAGCUCGCUAGAAAGGUCGCAGAGUACAUCCCACCCAGGCCCCUCUUUCCAAAACGCACAGAUGGGGCACAGAGGGCGGUUGAAGAUUUCCACUCGCAGGUUACAAGUGUGGCGGGCCUUGUGCUUGAUGAAUUCCGUGACAUGUUCAGCGAAGAGCUGCCCAAGGGCGGGGAGAACCUUUCACAAGAGGCCAUGGAGUCCAGGCGUCAGAAGCUGAUAUAUGAACUGAAUGCUUCUGGAAAGUAUUUUGCUUUCAAAGAGCAAUUAAAACAUUCAGUGGUGAAGAUUGUCCGAGAAAAAUACCUCAAGACAACAAACUUUGAGGACAGGCAAGAACUUCAGACAUUCCUGAGUGAGCUGUAUGUGUACCUGAUAGACCAGAUGCAUGAAUCUCUCACCAAAACCCUGGCAAUUGAGGACCAGGCUCCAGUCCCCGCCCCUCUCACUGACUCGGCCCAGCUUAAACAUUUCGCACGUGAGGCAGAGGUCAAUGGGAACUUUGAACUCGCCACUAAAUACUACCAGGAGAGGAUUGCGAGGAACAGGAAUGAUCCCUGUCACUGGUUUGACUACGGAACCUUCUGCUUAUACAUCAAUGACAUUACAAAGGCAGAGGAAUGCUUUAGAGAAUGUGUGGCCAUUGAUCAGAAACAUCUUCAUGGGCUACUACUGUAUGGUGUGGUUUGUACACUGCUUGAGAAGCAUGAUGUGGCCGAGACUUUCUUUGAGGCAGCUACAAAUGUCCAGCCCAGGAGUAUUUUAGCUUGGACCAUGCUAGGGUUGUUCUAUGACACAGUCCAGAAUGAGAUAGGAGCCGAGAUGGCGUACAUCGAGGCUAACAAGCUGAACCAGCAGGCGGCAGUAGCGGUGGCUCGCGCUCUUAGAGAGGAGGAGCUAUCUAAACAGAGGGUGGAGCGCUCUGAGAGUGAGACAGACACACAGAAAGACGAACAGGGAGGCCUAGCCCCCACCAGCCAUACGCUGGUGCCCGACAUAAAGCAGCCUACCCCGCCGUCCAGUGAGCGGGGUCAGGGCUCGGCCCGCUCAAGCGAAAAGCUCUCUUCAGCCCGCAGACCCUCGGCAUCUAAACGCUCAUCAGCAGGACAUGUAGGCUAUCAGGUUGUGGAGGGGUUGGAGGAGGGCGUGGCCAUAUCACGGCUGUCCGAGCAGCCCUUGUCAGCGGACAAAGGUGGACAUUUGUCCAUUACUGACUCUCGCAACACCUCCAGAACUGGUCGUAACAAGUCCGACAGUAACCUUUCUCGCCCAGGCAGCGAGUAUAAGCGGGGCAGCCAGCGUGGCACACCACAGCCUGAGGAAACGACUGAGGAGCAGCCCCCACGGGAGCCCACACCCGUACCCACAUCCACCAUCUACAUGCAGGCCAUUGAGUGGCUCCUCGAAGUUAAGGCUGUACCGUUUACAGAGCGAGCCCUAGCCCACGAGCUAUUGUCCCCUAUGGGUGGAGCCACAGCCCAGUACCACAUUGCCCUUGCACGUGUCAAACUACAGAAACGUGAACUGGAGGAAGGCGAGGAGAGCCUCAAUGAGGCCCUACAGUUUGACUAUCAGAACCCCGAUGCCUGGGCACUGAUGGGCCAUGUCAAGUAUUUGACAAACGAUACAGCGGAGGCCAGAGACUGCUAUGAGAGAACUAUUUCAUUUGUCUCCGAUGCCUCGGAGAUGCAUUCUAUAUAUCUUCGCUUAGCAUCUAUAUACCUACAGGAAGGAAGGUUCCAAGAAGCAAAGACAACAUUCCUGAUGGCUUGUAAGAGAUCACCAUCCUGUGUAUCGUGGCUCGGGGUUGGAAUUGCCUGCUAUAGGCUGGGUGAGUUGGCAGAAGCUGAGGAUGCGUUAUCGGAGGCGAACAUCCUGAACAACAGUGACCCAGAGGUGUGGGGCUAUCUCUCCCUUGUCUGCCUGAAAACUAGCAGACAGCUCGAGGCCGAACAGGCGUACAAAUAUGCAAUCAAGGUUAAUUUAGAAGAUACAGAACUUUUAGAUGAGAUUAUCAAAACACAACAGGAAGUUGGAUUUGGAAACCCUCAGUUUUAGCUUAUGAAGCUGGACAAAAGACUAUUUAUAAAUCUUUACAACUAAUUGUGAUAUUGAAGAGAACAUGCACAUUGCUGUUUGCAUUUAUCAUGUGAAUAGUUAUCACGCUAAAUUCCACUUGUUAUCAUGUACUUCAAUAUACAUACACUGUAUCUUUACAAUGUGUCUGUGAUCUUAUAAAAAAUAUUUUUUGUUUUAGUAUUUAGAUCUGUUUUUUAUAUGGCAAAAUAUUGCAAGAAUAAAAAGGUUUACAUUAAA